CACUACCUGUGUACACAAAACAAAACACAAAACGUUAAGUGUCAAAUCACAAAACAUCUUACGUUGUCUGCAAUUCACCAGCGUUCGAGCUCACCGCUCUCAGCUGCUCCGGUGAUGACCGAGAAGAGGACGUCAAGUCGCCGAUAAAGAAAAUGACUUCCCAUCAGAUGGUACCGGUGGAGACCUCUCGUGCGUCACGGACGGCAUAAAUAGAGGCAGCAGCACACAGCACGACAAUCCUCUAAACAAGCAUCCACAGCACAUCACACAGAGCCUCCCAAUUAACGCUGUUUUUUUUUUUUUUUUUUCCUCCCCCUGUGCAUCCUGCUUACUCUCCUCUCUCUGGAUGUCAUGGCCAGCUCGGCACUGCAGCUGCUCGGUUUCUUCCUGUCACUGAUUGGAGUGGUCGCCACAGUGACCGCCACCAUCAUGGUGGAGUGGAAGAUGCACGGCCAUUCUCAUCGUAUCUACGAGGGCCUGUGGAUGACCUGCAGCGUAGGCCACAGGACCACCUGUGAAUUUCACGACUCUCUCCUCAAACUGUCAAAUCAGGUCCAGAUAACCAGGGGAAUUCUGCUGUUGAGUUUGUUCCUGUCAGCCGUGGCGUUGAUGGUCUCCACUAUUGGAAUGAAGUGCACCCGCUUUAUGGACGGCAGGGCCAGGGCAAAGGGUGUAGUGGCUCGGAUUGGAGGCAUUAUGCUGAUGGCUGCAGGUUUAAUGACAUUCAUCAUAACGUCCUUGUAUGUCAAGAAGGUCGUUGCCGACUUCCAUCAUUCUCAUCAUCUCCACACCUUUGAGUUUGGUAAAGCGGUGUUUGUGAGCUGGUCCGGCGGCUUCCUCACGACGUUCGGCGGAGCAUUCCUGACCUGUCAGAGGUGCUAGAGAUCAUCGUCGUCCAGGUCUAUAAGCUCUAACGGCCUCCUGCAAAACCACAAGUCCAACAGUAACUAUGUUUAGUCACCAGGAAGGAUCCGUGAUAAUAGUCGUCAUGACUACUGAUAAAUUGCCGUUAGUCAUUAUCAUUAGGCCUACAUUGUGCUAAAAUGACUCAUAUCUACUUUGCACUGUUUGGUUUGUUUUUGUUUUUAUAUUUACAGUGGAACCUCCAAAGUUGAACGAGCUACAUUUUCAUUUCGACGUACAUGUUUUAAGAUAUCCUUCAAAUGUCAAGCUGCCAUCAUGUGGGAUUUUAGAGACUACACUUAGUGGGGUUGUGUUUAUUUUUUUUUUUAAAUGACAAAGGUGGUAUCGGUGAGAAUGAGAAGGGAAAGGACCAUGACAAUCAUAUAAACCAGUCCAGCUGUUGCCAAAUGCUGACUAAUUUUACUUUUAGUUUUAUUAUAGUGAUGAACUUAUCAUCACAAUUUCAAUUGUUAGAUAAAACAUCACCAAUAUAGUUAGUUAAUAAAGGAUUUAUGAGUUUA